GUUUUAAGCCAGUACAUGUGCUGAGAGGGCACGAAGGCGGCGUGGUUUUUGCGUGUUGGAGCAGCGAUGAUAUGUUGCUGGCCACGUUUGGUGAUCACGAAGUGGGGAGAGUGUGGGAGGUUUCCACGGGAGAGUGUUGCUGCACUGUCAAGGAGAACUCCUCUGCUGGGGUUGGGAUGCUGGAAGCCAUCUGAGGACAUUCUGUUCUUUGCGAGUGCAGAAGACAUAUACUCUUAUGAUGGAAGGCAAGGAGGGGUGAGGCACUGGAGAAGGAACAGGUGGGGGGUGCUGAGGGGGGACGCAGUUACGGCUGAUGGGAGGAAUCUGAUAUGUGGGUUUGAACCGGAUUUGAUAUUGAUCUGGGAUCUUUGGGACCCGGAGGUUGGUUACAGGCAGCUAAAUUUGAAAGGAAAACGGGUGUUGCGCUCUAUCUGUUUGUCACAAGAAAGUGGGGAGUUGCUAGUGAACCUGAAUAGCCAGCAGGAGUUGGUCGCUGAGCUGGUUGUAUUGGACAUCAGUCGGGAGAUGAGGGAGGUAAAGAGAUACACGUGUCAUGAGAGUCGUCGAGGAGGGGUGAUGAGUCCAUGUUUUGGCGGUUUUUUGUCAAGAUUCAUUGUGAGUGGAAGCUUCAAUGGGAAAGUGUAUAUUUGGAGCCGCGAGUAUCAUGAACCCGUUGAGGUUUUGUCCGGGCACACGGAUGAUGUUCUCAGUGUCACUUGGAACCCGAAGGUGCCCACAAUGUUGGCAUCCGGGAGUGAUGACGGCUGUGUCAGAAUUUGGGGACCGGCGGCACCUAGAAGGGAGAGGAAAAUAUCAUCUGCUGCAACAGCACCCAAUUCCUGAUACACUUGUGAGUAAUAUGAUUCAGUUCUGUUUUUGUUUUGUUUAAAUGCUAAAUGUUUUGUGGGUGGUGGAACUAUAAUGCUCUGCUGUGUGAAGUUGGGAGAGAUGAUGUCUCUGAGUUGGUGGUCUCUCUGGUGGUGCUGAUAUAACUACUGAUAGUAUAAUGCUGUUGGUUUGUGGUAGGUGAGUUUUGGUAAGUGAAAAACAGGAUGCUUUCAUUCUUAGUUUGAGUUAGUGAUAAAAGGAUGUUUUCAUUUUUUGAAAAAAUUGGUUUGUGGGGA